ACAGAUUUAUUCAUGAAUAAAAGGAUAAAAAUAUGAUUCACCACACUGCUGAAAUGUGAGAUCACAUCUAGGUGCACUGACAAAGGGAGGGUAGUUAAUGUAGUAAAUCUAGAAACAUGUUUUUGCUAUAUAAUUUAAUAAUGACAACUGAUUUAAAUAAAAUACUACACAUUAUCCUGUGACGUUAUUACGCCUUACGUCACGCAGCUGUACCCACCACUCAGAACGAUUCCCGCUGCGGGGUCGUUCAAAUGAUGCGCGCGAGAUUUUGGCGCGCUCAUAUCCACAUUAUACACUCACUUUUACCGCGAACAGCUCGUGCUCGUCAGUAAAAUGCCCUGCUCUGAAGUUACAGAAGCGGUUUCGCCGCAGAAGAGAAGCAAGAGUGAUGCAGUGAACGGACACGAAGAGAAAAAAGUGCUAAAAUUCGCCAAACUGACAGAACACGCCACGACACCGAGCCGAGGAUCGAACCGAGCCGCGGGAUUCGACCUCUACAGUGCAUAUGACUACAGCAUCGGGCCGAUGGAAAAAGCUCUGAUCAAGACUGACAUCCAGAUCGCGGUUCCACACGGAUAUUACGGCAGAGUAGCUCCUCGCUCAGGUCUCGCCGUGAAGCACUUCAUCGAUGUGGGCGCUGGUGUGGUUGAUGAGGACUACAGAGGGAAUCUGGGAGUCGUGCUGUUCAACUUCAACAAAGAGCCAUUUGAAGUGAAGAAAGGAGACCGUAUCGCUCAGCUGAUCUGUGAGAGGAUCUGUUACCCGGAGCUGCAGGAGUUACAGACGCUGGAUGAGACCGAGAGAGGAGCAGGCGGCUUCGGCUCCACCGGCACCAACUGAAACUCGCUUAACUGUAACAAUAGUGAAAUCAGCUUUUCUCUGGGUAAAAUGUGCAUGUAGAUUCUGAAGGCAUUUUAUUUGUUUAUAUAAAUUUAUGAUUUAUAUUUCACAGUGUUGACAAUAUAGGUAACAGACUACAGAAAGUGACCAUCAUUUUUUCUACAUUAUUGAAUUAAUUAAAAUGAAUUAAAUCACUAUUAAUUGAAGGA